GGUGGGAGCACCUUCACUGUGUUGCAGAGCAAGUGAGCACACUGCAGCCUCCUGCCUGCUCUUUUAGGCUGGGAGACAGUAGGGAGGUGGGAAGAAUGGAGUUGAGCUGAAAGCCCAUGUGCACCUCUUCACAGUUGUGGAUAGAUUUCUUGCCUUACGAGCGCCUAUUUCUGCGUUUUUCCUGCUGGUUGUGUUUCCCUGUGCUGCACGGAACGAGCAGUUGCUGGAGGGAGCCAUCCCACGCACCCUGGGCAGAGGGAAGCAUGGGCAGUUAACUGGAUGCAACAUUUGUGGGUUCUCCACUGGGGCAGGCGGAGCUCCCCGCUGCUGCAUCCCCACCCCUAGUAGGGGAAAGGCUGAGGAGCCUGCCAUGGGGCGGGGCAGAACUGUGGGUCAUCAGCCUCGCGGCUGCGUUCUUGUUGCUUCCUGGGUUAAUGAUUGCUGGGGUGGCGAGGUGCUGCCAGUCUCCAGCACGCAGUAAUUGACCUCACCUUCGCCUGCUCUGCGGGGGUGCACCAUGGUGGAGGUGAUGGUGACGCCGAGCUCCUCGCUGGCUGACCAGAUGGUGCAGGUGGUGGUUUCUGGACUGGCUCCCUCGCAGUUGGUGACUCUGCGUUCCUGGCUGAUGGAUGAGCAUGGCGAGCGCUUCCAAGCACGUGCCUUCUACCGCUCCGAUGAGGAGGGCGUGGUGGAUGUGGGGCGGCACGCUGCCCUGGGGGGCAACUACAGCGGCAUCUGGCCCAUGGGACUCUUCUGGUUCCUGAAGCCUGACAGCCUCUUCAAGCGCCUGGUGAAGCGCGAUGUGAUGGGCAGCCCCUUCCUCAUCCACCUGGAGGUGUUUGAUGGCCUCCGCUUGCUGUCGGUGCAGCAGGAUGAGCCUCUGGCCACCUGCACCGCCGAGCGGUGGUACGUGGGCCCUGGUGUGCAGCGGGUGCCCAUCCACGAAGGGAGGGUGCGGGGGGCCCUGCUGCUGCCACCAGGCCCAGGGCCCUUUCCAGCAGUGAUCGACUUGUUUGGGGGUGCGGGUGGUCUCAUUGAGUUCCGGGCUGGGCUGCUGGCCAGCCGGGGCUUUGCAGUGCUGGCCUUGGCUUUCUUCGCCUACGAGGACCUCCCCAAAGGCCUAACCCAGCUCGACCUGGACUAUUUCGAGGAGGCUGCCGAGCUGCUCCUGCAGCACCCGAAGGUGCGAGGCCCAGGGCUGGGUGUCAUUGGUGUGUCCAAAGGGGCUGAGGUGGCUCUGGCCAUGGCCGCCUUCCUCCCGCAAGUGGUGGCCACAGUGUGGAUCAACGGCACGACCUUUCUGUAUGGCAACCCCCUGCACUACAAGGGCCUCCGCAUCCCUUCCAUCCCGUACCAGACCGAGCGCAUCCUCUUCACCGAGCUGGGUGCCAUGGACAACUCGGCCAUCUUCACCGACCCGCGCAGCCCAGCCUGCAGCUCCUCGGCCAUCCCGGUGGAGAAGAUCCAAGGCAAGGUCCUCUUUGUGGUGGGUGAGGCCGAUCGCAGCUUCAACAGCAAACUCUUCGCCCAGCUGGCUGCGGAACGCCUGCCGCAGGACGCCUACCGCCUGCUGUCCUACCCUGGGGCUGGCCACCUCAUCGAGCCUCCCGGCUCACCCCUCUGCAGCAUCUCCAGCCUGCGUGGCAACCCUCUGCCUGUGGUGUGGGGCGGAGAGCCCCAGCCCCAUGCCAGGGCUCAGCAGCACUCGUGGCAGGAGAUUGUGCAGUUCUUGGAGCUGCACUUGAGUCCUGCUCCUGCUAUCAAGUUGUGAGCUGCUCAAUAAAGGCAAUGGUUGCACCGGG